AUGGGGACUAAUGGGACAAAACAGCCGUUUUCAGCGAUGACUGUGAAUUCACAAAUGUGGCGCUUUCUAGUGGUUUUUAUCUUUUGCAUUCUGCUUUUAAUCCUAUUAUAUACACCAAAACUCUCUGAUAAAGACAUUCCAGUGAAAUACAAACAGACAGCAUCCUCUGCCUUAGCAGAAGCUUGCAAAGCAAUUGUGGAGGGAAAGAGAUUUUUUGUGCAAGAAAACCUACUGAAGACAUCGUUUGGGAAAUCUAACUGCAGCUGUUAUGUGACCCAGAGUCACUAUAUUACCAAACCACUCUCUGCAGAAGAAGCCACAUUUCCUUUAGCUUACAUUCUAACUCUGCACAAGGAGUUCGAUACUUUCGAGAGGCUCUUCAGGGCUAUCUACAUGCCUCAAAACAUUUACUGUGUCCAUGUGGAUAAGAAGGCCCCAAAUGCAUUCAAAAAGAAAGUGGCACAAUUGCUGGGCUGCUUCCCCAAUGCCUUCCUGGCCUCACAGUCAGAGCUGGUGGUUUAUGCUGGGAUAUCCAGGCUUCAGGCUGACUUAAACUGCAUGAAAGAUCUUGUGAAGUCUGAGGUGCCCUGGAAAUACCUUCUCAACACCUGCGGGCAAGAUUUCCCUUUGAAAACCAACAAGGAAAUCAUUCAACAUCUAAAAGGAUACAAAGGGAAAAACAUCACUCCAGGGAUGUUGCCUCCACCUCAUAUUCUCCGUAGGACCAAAUAUAUCCACAGAGAACAAGUGUACAGCUUCUUUGCCUUCAUGCUGAGGACUUUUCUGUGGAAAACACCUCCUCCACAUGAUCUGAUGGUCUAUUUUGGCUCUGCCUACAUUGCCAUUUCAAGGGAAUUUGUUGACUUUGUACUCAAAGACCAACGUUCCAUUGACCUCCUUGAGUGGUCCAAGGAUACCUACAGCCCCGAUGAACAUUUCUGGGUGACUCUGAACAGAAUACCAGGUAUGUUUUGUUUCCUCUGUGUCUGA